CUCGAAUGUCGAGAGAUUCGUAUUUAAUGGUCGUUGACGGUCGUUAAAUCCGUUCAAAGCGGAGGCAGUGCUUGAGGCCACACAGCCAUGGCUUGCCCGAUAACGCUCUACUGCCCCACUCUCUCCCCUCUUCUUCUUCUUCUGCCGCAAACUAUCUUCUUCCUAACACUCUCCGCCACGCCACCACUCUUCGCUUCCCAACCCUCCGAAAAUCUUUCGCCUCCGAGAGACGGCUCUCGGUUUCGUCUUCUAAUCAAUUCCAAGCGCUCGUAUUCGACUGCGACGGCGUGAUCCUUGAGUCCGAGCACUUGCAUCGCCAGGCCUACAAUGACGCCUUCGCUCACUUCAACGUCCGCUGUCCUUCUUCUCAAUCGCAACACCCUCUCAAUUGGGGCUCCGACUUCUACGACGAGCUCCAGAAUCGCAUCGGAGGCGGCAAACCCAAAAUGCGAUGGUACUUUGGAGAGCAAGGGUGGCCGUCGUCGACUAUAUUCGAGAAGCCUCCAGAGGCCGAUGUCGACCGAGUCAAGUUGAUCGAUACUCUCCAGGAUUGGAAGACUGAAAGGUACAAAGAAAUAAUCAAAUCUGGAACUGUGGAACCUAGACCUGGGGUUUUGAGAUUGAUGGAUGAGGCCAAGGCUGCUGGUAAAAAAUUAGCUGUUUGCUCUGCAGCAACAAAAAGCUCGGUCAUACUGUGUCUUGAAAACCUUAUAGGAAUUGAGCGCUUUCAAAGUCUUGAUUGCUUUCUUGCGGGUGAUGAUGUGAAGGAAAAGAAGCCAGAUCCAUCAAUUUAUCUGACAGCUUCCAAGAGGCUAGGCGUGUCCCUGCAAGAUUGUUUGGUAGUGGAGGAUAGCAUUAUUGGACUACAGGCAGCAACAGGAGCUGGGAUGUCAUGUGUGAUUACCUACACCUCGUCAACGGCUAACCAGGAUUUUAAAGAUGCAAUAGCCAUCUAUCCUGAUUUGAGUAAUGUUAGAUUGGAAGACUUGGAGUUAUUACUUCAAAAUGUCGUUGCUGCCAGUUAGAUUUGUCCAAACUGCGUGUGGCAGGCUUUUAUAGUUUUUUAAUUAUCUAAAUGUGGCGGCGAUUGAAGUUACUCCCCCCUUCACUCUUCUUUAGCUGAAAAAAAAUACCCUUAUCAUCUCACAAAAGUCAGCAACAGGGAUGGGGCCCCAGAAUUGAUGGCAAUUGUUUUGAAUUACCACAAAUAAUGUGAUUGU